AUGAAAUAUAAACAGGUGGCUGGUUUAUUUUUUAACAUAAUCUUUGUUUUUUCUACUUUGACAAGACAAAAUAAAUUGAAACAAAUGGUAUCAGAGAAUAAGUCGAAAUUAGCCGAAUUCACAGUGCAAGGAUUUACAGACUUACCAGUGCUUCAGUUUCCUCUUUUCAUGACAUUUUUAUUUAUAUAUAUCACCAUUGUCUUGAGCAAUAUCAUAAUUUUUGCCUCCAUAGUUUUGAACUCUCAUUUACACACUCCUAUGUACAUCUUCUUGUGUAACCUAUCAUUCAUUGAUAUCUCAUACACAUCAACCAUUCUACCCAAACUGUUGGACAUGGUUCUCACUCAAUGUAAGACCAUAUCAUUUCUAGAGUGCUUUAUUCAGGUGUAUUUUUUCAUGUCCUUUGCUUGUACAGAAUUCUUAUUACUGGCUGCCAUGGCUUAUGAUCGCUAUGUAGCAAUCUGUCACCCUCUACGGUACUCAAUACUUAUGAGUCCAAAGCGAUGUGCUUAUUUAUUACUUGCAGUAUGGAUAGCAGGUUUUCUUGAUCCUGUUAUACACACUUCUUUUAUAGUUAACUUGUCCUUCUGUUCAUCCUACAACAUUGACCACUUUUACUGUGAUGUAUCUCCAUUACUUACGAUUACCUGCAGUGAUACCUUUACCAUUAGUAUUUGGAACUAUAUUAAUGGGACUCUUAUAGCUAUCACUUCAUUUACAUAUACAUUGGUAUCAUAUGUCUUUAUUAUCACUGCCAUCCUAAAUAUUCAGUCAGCAGGUGGUCGACGUAAAGCAUUUUCUACCUGUGCCUCUCACAUGACCAGUGUUAUUGUCUUUUAUGGAACAAUGAUCAGUGUGUAUAUCAGACCAGCAUCUACAUAUUCUCCACAGCAAGACAAGUUUUUUGCUCUUUUAUACGUUGUAUGUAUUCCAAUGCUGAAUCCCCUUAUAUAUACCCUGAAGAAUAAAGACUUUCAUCAUGUCUUCAAAAAGUUGGAAACAAAAAUCUAA